AUGGGCAAGAAAUCCAAGUCCCAGUCGGAGAAAACUCCGCAAACCAGCAAGCCGGAGGCCUCUUUUCCUCUCCUGGGCGGAAAUGCCUCCGUUGAUCCCACUUUGGCCUCGCUGUUCGAAAAGAGUGCGGGUCCAGUGAAAGUCCCCGAGGUUGUUGCAACCCAGGCUGUCGACGAUGAAAGCGCAGAAAACGAGGAAGCGUCGGGCUUGGAGCCAGACUCGGCCGACGACGACAAAAUCAUGCAGGAAGCCUCCGAGCCCGCCGAUGAAGCCGCGAAGGAAGCAUCCGAAGCUCCCAACCGGAAGCGCAAGAGGACAAACGGAGAAGAUCUCGAAGAGACAUACAUGCGUCGCUUAGUGAAGGAAGAAGAAAAGGAAGAGAAAAAGCGUCGCUCGGAGAAGGCCAAGCGACAGAAGGUUGAUGAAGAGGCAGAGGAAGAAAACGACGAGGAUGAAUCGUCUUCGGAGCAAUCCGAAGAAGAAGCAGAGAGCUCCGACGAGGACGGGGCCAAAAUUGCACUUCCCAAGCAUGAAAGCCAAACCGGGGAUGCUGGCUCUCAGGAGAUCGAGAAGUCCAAUCGGACGGUCUUUUUAGGCAAUGUCUCGAACCAGGCCAUCAAGUCUAAGUCCGCCAAGAAGACCCUUUUGAAACAGGUCGGAUCAUUCCUCUCGUCGCUUCCUGAAUCUACGGGUCCCCAUAAGGUCGAAUCGAUCCGAUUCCGCUCCACGGCCUUUGCGAGUGGCGGACAUAUCCCCAAGCGGGCCUCAUACACCAGACAGGAACUCUUGGAUGACACCACGCCCAGCACCAACGCCUACGUUGUCUACAGCACCCUACAGGCUGCGCGCAAGGCACCCGCAGCCCUGAACGGCACCGUGGUUCUCGACCGACAUCUGCGUGUCGACAGCGUUGCCCAUCCCUCGCAGACCGAUCAUAAACGGUGCGUGUUCGUCGGUAACCUCGAUUUCGUCGACCACGAAAACAACCCCGAUGACGAGGAGAAAAAGAAGAAGAGAAAGGCACCGGCAGAUGUCGAGGAGGGCCUGUGGCGGACGUUCAACGCCCAUACGACCGGUUCCAAGGAGAAGGAUGCCAGAGGCAACGUCGAGUCCGUUCGGGUGAUUCGUGACCGUGCCACCCGCGUGGGCAAAGGCUUCGCCUAUGUCCAAUUUUACGACGGGAACUGCGUGGAGGAGGCUCUUCUCCUAGAUGGAAAGCAAUUCCCGCCCAUGCUCCCUCGGAAACUCCGAGUAUCGCGAGCCAAGAAGAUGGGGAAGAAACGCGACGACAACAGCGCCCAAUCCGGUAAGCUUCGGGAUUCCGAUAAGACGCUUCAGGGCCGUGCUGGCCGGCUGUUCGGCAAGGCCGGCGCCGCCAAGGUGAAGGAAAAUGCAACGAAAUCGAUUUCGCAGAACUCGUUAGUGUUCGAAGGUCACCGCGCGACUGACGACGGCUCGUCGCGCAUUCGGGUCAAGACCAAGAGCCGUGGCUCUAAAGGCAAGCCGAAGAACCGCAGCAGCCAGCGGGCAGCGGCCUACAAAGCGGCCGGAGGGAGAAAGGGCAAAAUCGAGGGCAAGCGGGAUUAA